AUGGCGUCCUUCUCGAAUUCGAUUGCGGAGAAUUUACCGAAAGCGUUUGGGACGAUAACUUUGUUGUGGUUCGGCAGAGGGAGGAUUUUAGGAAGCGGCGGCGGCGGCGGCGAGGCAAACAACGAUGCGAACGGGAUUUUUAAGAGCAACAACAACAACAACCGUCGAGGUUGGACGUCGAAAAAAGGAGACUCCGACGAAGACGACGAGAAAACAAAUUCCUCGAUUGGUGAAGAGGACAAAAAUGGUGUCAUGGCGCGGGAAGCGGCGGAUACGACGAGGAGGAAGAAUAACAAUCGACGCGCGCGACGGUUCGCGAAACUCGACGCAAAAAUCGUCGAGAGUUGGAUUAAAAUCAGAGAAGUCGUGAUUAAAAGGUACGUCAAUCACUGGUUCAAAACAAUCAGCGACGACGACGAAGUACCGAACGCGUGCCGAGCGGUUAUGGACGACGCGUUUCUAGAACUCGAAAAGAGAGCGACGAGAAAUAUCAACUUGCCAAAAUUGUUGCUCUCAGAUUUACCGUCUAUUUUACAAGACGCGUUUGAGAUGUACCGCGAAGGAAAAGCGAUGAUUGGUGGUGGAGAUGACGACGCGUUGUUAUCCAUGAAUAAAGACGUGGUGGACGAAAGUCUCGCAGAGGCAUUGAGGCACAUGAAGAACGAAAACGGAGGAGGCGAGUCGAGACUUCACCCGGCAGUACGAAACGAGAGGAAACAACGCAGGUUAGCCAGAGCGUACGCGAACGCACUCGCCUCGAAAGUGUUGACGAACGAAACGAAUAAUGGGUUGACUGAACCGCUCGCGAGAGAGUUGAUUGUCGCUUCGAUACACUUGCCGAUUGUUCGUUUGUUUACGCCGAGACUCGUGACGAAACUCUUACUCAUUCUCCUCGGCACAGACGAUGAAGAUUACAUUAGCAGCACGAAUAGCAUCAACGAUAAAAUAUUAUCGGAUAGAACGAAAGGAAACGGAGAGAACGGUGGACGACAAAAUGGGAUGGCACAAGGAGAAGGGAUUGUUCAUAAUAAAGUACCAACAUCGUCUCCGAUAAAAAAUGGCGAUAAAAACGGAUUGGGAGGAAUAGUGCGCAACGAAAGAAACUCCUCAGCGAAGAAGAAAUCUCCGAAAAGAAUAGGAUGGGAAGACGAUAUUGCACCCGCAUCUGCGCCUUCAUCGUUUAAAGCCCGCGUGACUGGAGUAGAAAUUGCCGGGAGUGGCAUAGCCGCGUUUGCGGUGUAUCUCGUUUCGGUAGAAUCCUUCGAGGACGGAAACAGUUGGAUCGUACCUCGACGGUACUCGAACUUUGAAUCGCUCCAUCGGAAGCUCACGUCAAUUAAUCCUGAAUUCAAAGGCGAAUUUCCACCGAAAAAUUGGGGGUAUAACAACCUAGAUGGCGCAUUUAUAGAAAAGAGACGACAACAGCUGGACUUGUACGUGCAAGAGAUGUUAACAGACGACAUCAUCAAAGACUGCGAACACAUUUUCCAUUUUCUAGUCACGAGGAAUAGAAGCCUGAUGGGAGGCAGUGGAGGGUCCACGAUUCGAAAUGGUGGCAAUGGUGAUGAAAACGCGUCUAUGCUGUCAUCCUCGGAGAUGAGACCGGUGACUCUGUCGAACUUACCGCCGUUAAGAACGACGAUUUCGACGACCAACGAAAACACGUACAUAACGACGCCUACGGGCCACGGGGGAGGACACAGAAGAAUAUUGUCCAUCGAACAGAUGGAACUUUUAGAUUCUCCUCCGAAAAAAGGAAGUAAGUUUGUGUCAGGGUCUACGGACUUUGCACAUUCGCCUUUGAAUUGGGAAACGCUCAUGCGAACCUUUGACGAGUGCGAACAAGUUACCGCCACCGAUAGCGUGUCGACUAUUUUCGCCUCCGAAGUUUUGAACGGCCCAAUGCUUGGUUUAUUCGAAACUGUUUUUAAAAUGCACACGAAAGGCGUGGUGAGACGUUCAUUCGUCUCUUUGGCGCGUCAGACCGUAGAAUUUUUCCUCGGUUCCGCAGUUGAAGAUUUUGUCUCUCGAAGUUUCAACCAACUCCAAGCGUCUUUCUUGAUGAACUUGAUAAAAGAUACCGUGUGGCCGGACGAAAAAGAAGGCGGAAUGACCCCGUACGAUGAAUACAAGCUUUCGCUCACGCCUGCGGAGGAGAAGCAAAUAGACGAAACGAACAAAGAAAUUUUGCGAAGAGUGUUGUUGAAAAGAUUGUCCCAAAAGCUCUCGCCUAUAGUCGGCGAGAGCACGGCGAGUCGAGGGACUUUAGAACUCUUCAGUCUCGUGCAGUCGGAAACGAUGUGUCAACACGUCGGUUUAUUGUUGUUUGAAACUUUGAGUUGCGAGUUAGUCCCGGAGACUAUAAUCGAAUUAUCCUACUCCAACGCGAAAGCGAUGAAGAAUGCAUCGUCCUCGUCGGAGAAGAAGAAGACGUUGAAGAAGACGAAGACGAAGUAA